AUGAAGGUGGAGGAGAGUGGUGGAAACAACCAUGACUUUGGAGUUGAAGCGGUUAUAAUUCUCGCUGACGAGUCAUUAUUGACGGUCGUAAAAGCUCCGCCACCGGAAAUCCAUAAACCCAUCGAUCUCUCUUCAACCAAUGGAUCUACCAUGUCAGAAACCAAAACGUUUGCCUUUCAGGCCUGGAUCAACCAGCUUCUCAGUCUUAUCAUCAACACGUUCUACUCCAACAAGGAGAUCUUUCUAAUGAAACUCAUCAGUAACGCCUCAGAUGUGCCAUUUAGAGGAUGUCAGAGGCUGGUGGAUGUACCAAUGAGUAAAUGUAUUAAUAGCAGCCGAUCCUGUAAGACGGUUCAGAAAAUGAGUGGUUUUAGGGCACGGAAGAUGCUAACUUGUGAAGAACUUGGCUUUGUGGCUCACACUGACAAAAGUUUCACAACUAUUCUUUAUCAAAAUCAUGUGAAUGGACUGAUGGUAGAGAAAAAGGAUGGUAGUUGGAUUGAAGUUGAUAUCUCUUCACCAACUUCCUUUGUUGUCAUGGCUGGUGAUGCACUCAUGGCUUGGAGCAACGAUAGAAUAAAGUCUCCAAAUCACAAAGUAAUGAUGAAUGGUAAUGAAUUGAGUAGACAAGGAAUUGGAUUGAGUGUUAUUGCAAAUCGAUACACUUCUGAUAUAAUUGUUGAUGUAUAUAGAGGGGUUGAGCCAAAGCCACUAAUCAUAUCUUGA